GCGAUCCCCUUAAGCGCUGCAGAUGAGAUCGGUCAGAAGAAGGCGGCUAUGGAGAUCAGUGGCCUCCCACUGGAACUUUGGCGUCUGAUUCUCUCCUACUUGCGCCUGCCUGACCUCGGCCGCUGCAGCUUGGUGUGCAGAGCGUGGUACGAGCUCAUCCUCAGCCUGGACAACACCCGGUGGCGGCAGCUGUGCCUGGGCUGCAUCGAAUGCAGGCAUCCCAACUGGCCCAACCAGCCUGACGUGGAGCCCUGGUCGUGGAGGGAAGCCUUCAAACAGCAUUAUCUCGCUUCCAAAACCUGGACCAAGAACAGCCAAGACCUUGAAUCCUCCAACUGCUUCUACCUGUUCCGAAGGAAAAAGGACCGGCGCGUCCUUUGCGUCGGGCCCGGCUGUGAGUUUGACAACCUGAGGAGUGCCUUGCUGUCGGCCAGCGGCUACGACAGGAUCGUGCUGCUGCCCGGGGUGUACGAGGAGCAGAGUGAGAUCUUCCUCAAGGCCCCCGUGGAAAUUAUGGGCAGGGGCAAACUGGGCGAUGUGGCUCUCCUGGUGAGCUUUGACCAGCACUGUCCAACCAUGAGGUUAUGCAAUUUGGUGUUCAUGCCUGCUUGGUUCACGCCAGUUGUCUAUAAGACGACCUCGGGUCACGUCCAGUUUGACAACUGCAACUUUGAGAACAGCCAGCUCCAGAUUCACGCCCCGGGAACUUGCCAGGUGAAAUUCUGCACUUUCAACCAGUCCAGCAUCAGUUUCCAUAGCGUGGCCAUCUGUCUCGUGGAAAACUGCGAGUUUCUUGGGAGCGAAAACGCCUCUGUGACAGUAGAAGGUUGCCCAUCUUUGGACAGGAACUGGGCCUGCAAAUACUUGGCCACGUUGGCAAAGUCUCGCUCUGUCCUGCUGCAGAUGCCGGAGCCGCCCAUUUACGGUGUGCCGAAGUGUGAAAGCCGGGGCCACCUGCCGGUGAGCAGUGCAAGGACCUGUGAAAUUGUGGUAGGUGGGGACCCCAGUAACACGUUCCCCAUUUCACAGACUCAAGCAGUGCCAAAGAGAGGUUGCGAGAAGGAGAACGACAUUGCCGGAAGCCUUAACCCAGCACAGAAAGAGGAGGCCGUGACCAUGGACACAGAUUCCAGCGACAGCGAACUGAGUGUCAGCAGCGAGAACGAGGGUGACGACGAGUCGAUGUACAAGUUGCCUUACCAGGCCCAUAGCCUGAGCCACAUGCUGGCCAAAGUGAUUCACGGCCGGCCUCAAACCAACGGGCUCACGACCCUCCAGAAUGACUAUGAACUAAAAACGCUGCCUCAGGAGUUGGCCAAAGAUAAAGAGGCCCAGUCGCUUGCCAACUCUGUGCAAGGGUGCUUCAUUCGGAAGUGCCUUUUCAGGGACGGAAAGGGCGGAGUCUUCCUUUGUUCCCAGGGCCAAGCCAGAGUGGAAGGGAGCAUCUUCAGGGACUUGACCUAUGCCGUGCGAUGCAUACAAAACAGUAAGAUCAUCAUGCUGAAGAAUGACAUUCACCACUGCAAGACCUCAGGGAUAUUUCUGCGCCUUGGUGCUGGCGGCUUGAUUGCAGAAAACAACAUUCACUCCAAUUGCGAAGCCGGCGUGGACAUUCGGAAAGGGGCCAACCCCCUGAUCCUGUGUAAUAGGAUCCACAGUGGCCUUCGCUCCGGCAUUGUUGUCCUUGGCAACGGAAAAGGCAUCGUCCGUAGCAAUCAAAUCUAUGGAAAUAAGGAGGCUGGCAUUUACAUUCUGUAUAAUGGCAACCCUCUUGUGAGUGGGAACCAUAUCUUCCAAGGUCUUGCUGCUGGCAUAGCUGUGAAUGAGAAUGGAAGAGGCCAAAUAUCAGAAAAUGUCAUCCGCGAGAACCAGUGGGGAGGUGCUGAUAUCCGUCGUGGGGGUGAUCCUGUCCUCAGAAGUAACUUGAUCUGCUGUGGGUAUUCCGACGGAGUGGUGGUCGGAGAGCGCGGGAAAGGACUCGUAGAAGGAAACACCAUUUAUGGUAACAAGGGCUGCGGCGUCUGGGUAAUGUCAUCCAGCCUUCCGCACAUCACAAAUAACCAAAUCGGGCACAACAGCAUCUACGGGAUCGCGGUGUUUUGCCGCAAGGACGACGCCAACGAGUACCUCGCCAACCAAGGGGGCAACGAGAAUUUCAAUGACGAGGGAGAAGCGGCCAACUGGGAAAAUGACCUGGAGAGCGAGGACGAGCGCUUGACGUCCCGGAGGCCCAUCAGUGUGGCUCUCGUGGAGUCUAACAAUAUCAAUCACAACGGGGCUGCUGGUUUGUAUGUCAAGAGCAGCGAGGCCCUGAACAUCAUCGGCAACGCCAUCCAUGCCAAUCAUGACUGUGGGGUUGCUGUGCUCCAGAGCAACCAGCUCACGCGAAUAGCUAACAACAGCAUCUCCUGCAAUAGCCUCGGUGGUGUCUUGGUGGAAGCUGAGUGCAGGGUGGAACUGCGCGGCAACGGCAUCUAUGACAACAGCAGCCACGGUGUGGCCUCCAAGGGCGACGGAAUCGUCACCGAGAAUGACAUUCUCGGCAACCAGGGGUGUGGCCUCAAGCUGUUGCAGGCUGCUGACAUGAAGGUAACCAAGAACAGAAUCCACUCCUUUCGAGGUUAUGGCAUCGAGAUGCUUGACCAGACCAAAGCCUCUGUGCAAGACAAUGUGAUUUUUCAAGGGAAGUCCAAAAAGAGCAUUUUGCAGCAGGUGUCCAAUGUGGAAGGCAGCAUCGUUCGGAAUAACAAGCUCCUUGCCUUCAAAAAAAGGUCUGAUGUUGCCUGGACUCUGGAGAACCCUCCAGCGAGACCUCACAUCGAAGGAUCCACCCGAGGAGCGUCAACAGCUGGGAACAGUCAAAAAGGCUCAAACAUGACCGCCAGGCUAGCUGCUAGGGUGGAUGGCGGUUGCCACAACAACGGGAGCAUCUUUUGCACUAUCCUGUGAACCCUGCAUAUUUUCCGCUGCCUUUCCUUUUACUCGGAGACCAAGCUAGAAACUUUCCUACAUGUGUCCAAUGCUCAAGCAAAUGAGCUUGCAUUCAGAUGCUUGUUAUUUGCCCUACUGGUGCAAUGGUCACUAAAUAACGGUGGGAGUCUCAGUAGAAUGUGGCCACCGCUGGUGACAACCCUUCCCAGGUGGCUUGCUCCACGUUUGAAUUCCUCUGGGCACUUGCCUCCUCUGCAAACUUUACCUCUGGCCUCCAGGCCUCCUUCAGUCCUGUUCAGCUGUAACUCAUCCCAUGGGCCAUGUCCAUAAGAGAGAAAGUGGUGCCUUUGUGACAUCAGCAGCCAUUAAGCCAAUCCCCUUUCUUAUCUCAGACCUCUUUGGCCUUUUCCUUAGUUGUAUUGGUUUCUCAGAAUUUUGUUCUGGGUCAGGGAGCGGAUUGGUCUACUGGCUGCUGAUGUCACAAAGGCACUUCACUUUCACUCAGGCUAGGGAAGCCAGUUUUUCUGUUGCCGAGUGAGGUAAGAGCUCUUUUCUAGGUCAGUGGUUGAAAGCUUCCCAAACACAUUUCCUCUCAGUUGGUACCUGUCCUGCCAGCAAAAGCAAAGUGGUUCAGAGGAGGUGGUGAACAGACACAUAAGAGGUGAGUGGCAUUAUCAGAGCGGAGUUCGUCCCUACUGACAAGACAUCGCCAGUUAUUUUAUUUAAUAUGUUUUCUUCUUUAAAUAUAUUGACUUAGUGACUUGCCAAAAUGCCAGUUGGUCUAGAUGCUGCAGUAAUGCUGAAUGUUGAUUGAGACAGCUUGAAAUCUCCCUUUCCUGCCAGAAAUGAAGUUCUUUUCUUCUAGGCUGAGAAAGCAGUGCAAGCGUGUAGUAAUUAUAUCACCUGGGACCUGGCCAAAUAGUAAUGUCAAGUAGACAUAAGUCAGAGCUCAAUCAUAAAUCAGAAUAUGUUGACCUUUCAAGAAGGCCAAGCGACACAUCUGGGCUCCUUCAAGCUGUUUUGUUGCGUGCAUUGUUCUGCAAAAGGAUACAGUGUACACUGCAAAAGGUUUCUCGCAGGAAGAAUCGCCUUGUCACUAUUCUCACCAGCGGUCUCAAAAUAUGGUGAUGUUGGCUUUUAAAAUAAUGUGCGGGAAGACAAAGAAAAUGGGACUCCUGGGGCGUGAGUUUGCAGUGGUUCCAGGCUGGGGCCGCAGCCCCGAAUGUGGUUUGGUUUUAUGCAAGAGAACCAAAGGGUGCAAGUUAGCUUGAACCUUUGAAAAUAUCUAAAUACGUCU